CCACCUGACGCGGUCCUCCUCGUGGCUGCCACCCCCGGAAGCAUGGACGUACGCAGGAGGUGACCUCCCCUUUGGUUGGGAACAGGCUGUGGAUGCCAAUGGCCAGCCUUACUACAUCAACCAUGUCAACCGCACGACGAGCUACCAGGACCCGCGCUCCUGCCGGCCGUGGCGCGGCGCGGAGGAGGCGCCGGCGCCGCGCACCGUGCGCCUGCUGCGCCACCCGGACCAGGGCUUCGGCUUCGUGGCGGGCAGCGAGCGGCCCGUGAUCGUGCGCUUCGUGACGGAGGGCGGGCCGAGCGAGGGCCAGCUGCAGCCCGGCGACCAGGUGCUGCGCGUCAACGGCGAGGACGUCAAGGACGCGCCCCGGGACCGCGUCAUCCAGCUGGUGCGCGCCUGCGCCGCCACCGUCACCCUCGUCGUCUGCCAGCCGCCGCUCGACAACUCGGCGCGGAAGUCGGCGCUCCUCUCUGCGGCCAAAAAGGCCAAGCUCCGCUCCAACCCUUCCCGGGUGCGGUUCGCCGAGGGCGUUGCUGUGAGCGGCGCCCCGCUGUUUCCGCCCUCGGCGUUCGCGGGCGUGGACGCGGCGCUACCCUUCAUGCCCAACGUGCUCAAGGUGUUCCUGGAGAACGGCCAGACCAAGAGCUUCAAGUACGACGCGAGCACGACCGUGCGGGACGUGGUCAGCUCGCUGCAGCAGAAGCUGUGCAUCAAGGCCACGGACCACUUCGCGCUCACCGUCGAGCACGUCAAGAGCCUGCGCAGGAACAAGCUCACCCUCCUCGACCCGGACGAGCCGCUGUCCAAGAUCGCGGCCCGGCCCGGGUCGCACAACCUCCGCUGCCUCUUCAGGGUGGCUUUCGUCCCCAAGGACGCCUGCCAGCUCGCUCAGAGGGACCUGACUGCCUUCGAGUACCUGUACCUACAAUGCUGCAACGACGUGGUGCAGGAGCGCUACGCGCCCGAGCUCAAGUACGACAUCGCCCUCCGCCUCGCCGCCCUGCACAUCCACCAGCACGCCGUGUCCAACAACAUGGCCGGCAAGGUCACCGUCAAGAUGAUCGAGCGCGAGUUUGGCCUGGAGCGCUUCGUGCCCGUGUCUCUGAUGGAGACCAUGAAGCGCAAAGAGCUGAGGAAGAUCAUUGGCCACUUCCUCAAGAUGAACCAGAACAUGACCACGGCGUCGGGCAUCGGCCACAAAAGCUUGACGUCGCUGCAGGCCAAGCUGUACUACCUCAACAUCAUCUCCCAGCUGCCUUCGUACGGCGCCAAGUGCUUCAGCACCAACAUCAGGGACUCAAAUAUGGAGACCGUGAUUCUAGUCAGCCCCAAAUUUGGAAUUAGUCAAAUCGUCGGCAUGAGAAAUAGUCUGCCCGUGCCGCUCGCCGAGGUGGAGCACAUGUCGGAGGUGGCCGUGACGCGCGAGGACGAGAUCUCCCGCUGCGUGCGCAUCCGCAUCCCGACGCUGGCCGACAAGGAGCUGGUCCUCAGCAUGGAGGACCGCGACGCGGAGGAGCUGGUGCUCGUCCUCAAGGGCUACUUCCGCCUGCUGACGGGACAGAGCCUGACCGUGGUGCAGGAGCGGGAGCUGCAGCCCGCGGCCCCGCCGUACCGCGGCCAGCACGCCGUGAUGUCGGCACCGUGGAGCUACGCCACCGUCCAGGACGGCGAGAAGAUUCAGUUCGCCAACUUCUCGAUGCCCCCCACCUACAUGACGGCGGACGCGGCUCCCGGGCUCCCGGACGCCUCACAUUAUAUUACGGCGAAUGGACACCACCCCGCCAAGUCGGUGACGUUCGCCCCUCACGCCAACGUGUACCAGGUCGACGACAAUAUGAACACCAUGCUGGGGAAGCUGCAGCACCCGCCGCCCCAGGACGACUCCGGCUUCGACCUCCAGAGCGUCGUGUCCAUGGACAACGGCGACGUGGACAUCGUGGAGGCGCGCAACGAGGAGGUGCUGCGGCGCGUGCAGGAGAUGCAGGAGCUGGUGCAGAGCUCCGAGGAGUACCUGACGCUGCAGGCGCCGCGCCAGGCAGUCGACCCCGCGGCCCCGGCCGCGGCCCCGCACCUGCUCGUCAGCCACGCGCGCGACGGCAGCGUAAGCGACUCAGACUGUUCCCUCCCGGUAGACUCGGACGCGCCGCCGCCAGGCCAGCUCAAGCACAGCGACUCGCUGCUCCUGCUCACCCAGGCCGUCUCCCAGGGGCAGAAGCUGGCCGACCAGGACAGCCUCUCGGCGGCCAUCGCGCACAUCGACCUGGGCGAGGAGAUCUCCGAGUCGGACACGGACUCCAUGAGCACGCCGGCCGAGAGCCCCUCGCACCGUGCCGCAGACGACGGGGACACCCGGCGGCACUCCAUGCUGCGACCGAGCGACUCCAGCUUCGGCCUGCACAGCCCGGACACGGACAACCUGAGGCCGGGUAGCCAGCACUUCCAGGACCUGCUGAAGCGGAUGCAGGCCGAGUCCGUCCUCCCGGAGGACACCUUCUGCCUGGACCCGGACAUCAUCGACCUCACGCUGAUCCCGCCGCCCGUCACGCCGGAUGAGGACGGCGGCGUGCUCGGCGAGGACGGCGCCCCGCUGUUGCCGGCGCUGCCGUCCUCGCCCCUGAGCGUGCCGCCGACGCCGUUCGCCGACCAAACGCCGCUGGAGGUGCAGCUGCACAGCCUGGAGCGGAUGCUGAACCAGACCGAGCCCGAGGAGGCGCCCGUGGAGGCGCUCCUGGACGCAGGGCUCUCACUGGACCUGGAGGCGUUCCUGCGCUCUGUCAUGGUGCAUCCACCGCCACGGGCAGCGCCGCCGCCGCCGCAGCCGUCCAGCUGCAGCAGCAGCAGUAGCAGCAGCAGUAGUAGUAGCAGCAGCGGCAGCAACAACAGCAGUAGCAGCGGCAACGCCACGGCCGUCGAGCUCACCCCGGAGGAGAUCUCGUCCUUCAUCAUACCCCCACCGCCGUCCACUCCCGUCGCCGCCGUGCUCUCGUGCCAGAAGGCCGGCUUCGGGGAGCAGGACGGCGGUGCCGCAGUGCUCGCCGCGCCCCACGGCAACGGCACCAUCGGCACGCCGGAGGAGCUGCGCCGCGUCCCCAGGACGUAUCACUGCUCUCCGCUGCCGCCCCCCAGGGUGUCCGUCGACAGCGCCGUGUCCCUUAGCAGCUUCAUCGGGGACGCCUCCGCGCCGUCCUCAGCCGCGCCCGAGGAGCCGACGUACGGUAACACCACGGCCGACGGCAGCUCGUCCCGCGGCUCCGUGGACUCCAGCGCACCGCUCCCUCACCCGCCGGCCGCCAAGCCCCAGGCCGAGGUGGCGCCCAAGAAGAGAGUCAUCGAGUACGCCACCCUGGAGAAGAAGUCCAGCCCGUUCACGAGCUGCUGCGGGGGGUACAGGGACAGCCCGGACAAGACGCCUUCGCCUCUCGGAGGCCCCGAGCCUACCCCGCUGGCCGCGCCACCCACCCCGCCCAGGACGCCGUCGCACGUGGCACCAGAGCGGCCGCCCAAAAGCAGCAGCCUCCUCGUCGGGCAGGUGCAGGUGGCGGCGCCCGUCCCGGACCUGCCCCCCAGGGUGGCCUGCGCCUACGCGUUGACGCCGCCGCAGGUCUGGUUGCCGCCCAAGCGCCCCGUCCAUCACCAGGCGUCGCCCGUGCAUGGCACCAUACGCCGGGUGGCGCAGGUGACGCCGCUCCCCGCCGCGGCCAGCAGGUCCAGGACGAACAGCGCGGCGCGGGAGCUGGAGGCGAACCACCUCAACUCGAACGGCGUCAACGGCGGCGUCAACGGCGGCGUCAACGGCGGCACCAACGGCUCGGCGUACCGCAUCGGCAACGGGCGCGUGGGCGGCGGCGGCGGUCUGCCGUCAGGGAAGGCCAACCUUUCCGGCAGCCCCAGCGCCGUCAGGGUGCCGGGGACUCCGCCGCUCAAGCCAAGAAACCCGCAUCACUUCAACACCCUCCCCGCCAAGCCCAGGGUGCAACAGCUGUCCGUGUACGACGCGCCUCCGGAGGUGUGGACUGCUCCUCAGGGGGAGGUGAACGGCCACGGUCAUGUCAACGGGCACGGCGGGCAGAACAAGCCCCAGCAUGGCAGCGCUCCCUACUGCAACGGCCAGACCAAUGGCGCGCCGAUGUGGACCAAGCGGACGCUGCUGGCCAAGACGGAGGUGGCGCUGGGCGGGCUGCUGGAGCAGCUGGACCAGGUGGCGGACCAGUGCAGCCUGCACCAGCAGGCGGGCGGCGGCCCGCUCAUGAACGAGGACAAGUUCCAGGUCGCGCGCGAGAGCCUGAGCGUCGAGGCGCGGCAGCUCGUGACCGCCUCCAAGCAGCUCGUGCGGAGCAUCACGGACGACUGCCCGCCGCAGCUGCAGCAGGUGCAGGACGGCGAGGACGGCGGCGACCUGCCCGCGCACCUGUCGGCGUGCCUCACGCUGCUGCGCCGCCUGACGCACCUGGCCGCCGACCUGGCCGCGCACACGAGCUGCCCGCUGCAGACGCGCAACCUCGUGCUCAAGGUGCGCCACGUGGCGCAGGCCUUCCGCGCCACCAUCCAGGACGACGACGCCCUGCUGCCGCAGCGGGCCGAGAACCUGGCCGCGGUGCUGGCCGCCCUGCUGCGCGCGCUCAGGGUCUUCUCGCCGUGAGGGUGUGCCGUCCUCAACGUCACCACCCCGAGCCGCGUUGUAAACCCGCAGCAAGAUGGACACGACAGCCGUGUGAUGUCCGUGUUGCUGGGACAGUAGACUUUACAUCUCUUCCCCUUCUCUCGCCACCAUAUCUUUUCGAGCUCAGAAAUGAACGUACCCGCACCCGCGAGUUGUUUGUUAUGUGCAUCAUAUCAAUUAAACAAUCAAAAAAAUUCACAUCGACAAAUAAAUGUUUGACUUCUUAGAAGUUUGAAGAAGUUUAGUUCCAACGUACGGGAGGUACGUAUUUUGACAGCAAAUCGUCGGUUUGAAUUUUGUCUGAAUUCAUCAGGAAACCUUCGCGAUCCGCUCCAAUGGCUGUUACCACUGAAUUGAAACUAAUUCAUCAUUCUAUUGCUAUCGAGGAAUUCUAUUCUUACAUGCCAAAUAUAUUUAUUAACGAUAGACUUAAGCCGUAUCAGUUGAAAUCUGUUAACGAUCUAGCAUAACGUAGGGCACUGUGACUGUGAACGCUGUAUGAUAUAGGAUCAUGUCUGAUUGGGAAAGAACCGUGCCUCCGAAUCAUCACGAGCCCUUUACACGUGAUGGUAGGAAGGUGUUUGCAUGUCUCAGACAUAAUUUGUGAUAAGUAAUGGUAAUAUGAAAUGCAGAUUUCUAAUUGCUAAUUAGAGUAGAAAAUACUGUUACAUUCUUUCCAAAGGAUUUUUGUUGCAUCAAUGUGUCUUUGAAUGUUGUGAGAUGAAUGGAUGUGUGACCUGAUUUUAAUGUCUUCUUUAAACCCCUUUUUUUACUAGUCAUUCGCACGUUUUUUCACGAGCGCAGAAUCCCAUAUUUUGUUUUUAAUCCGUUGUGUUUUGUACAUUAUUAGUUAUAAAUAAUUUACCGUGGUUGUUAAUAAAAAUCUUUUGCCACCAUC